GCCUACCAACGGCUUAUCGGCAUCGUCUACGUCAGACCAAGUGCAAGAUCACCUGCAGGGCACUCGCACCGCCACACGCGACGACAUUACCUACCGCCUAUUCUUUGAUCCCAGCUUGACGCAGAAUAUUUGCAGACAUCCAGCGGCAAUAGGACGCAGCUAGCACCGACGCCAUGGCGGACCUCGCCGCAGAAAACGCCCGCCCGGGCUCGACCACAAAUUCAGCAACACCGUCGAACGCUGCGUCGCGCGCUUCAACGCCUGGCGCAGGCGCAGAGAAGCCGCCGGACGACAGCUCUAAGUUCAAGACCUUCUUGGGCAUAUUACGAAAGUUCAUAGGUGUCUCUGAUCUCGCUGCCGUGCGCUUCUCCCUCCCUGCGCAGCUUCUCGAGCCUCGGCCAAACCUGGAGUACUGGCAUUACUUGGACAGGCCAGACACAUUCAUUAGCAUUGGCGACUCUGACGACGAGCUCGGACGUCUGCUGGGCUGCCUGCGCUUCUGGUUCACAAAGGACUUGAAAUAUGUCAAGGGCAAGCCAUGCAAGCCCUACAACUCGACGCUGGGCGAGUUCUUCAGGUGUAACUGGAAAGUCGAAGACACACACCCCACCCUGAAGACACCGAAUUCGGCGCCCUCGAGCAGCGCCAACAGCGUGGCUGGCGACGGUAAGACUGUCACAGUCUCAUACCUCACCGAGCAGACCUCCCACCACCCCCCUGUUUCCGCCUUCUACAUCGACUGUCCCGAGAAGGGCAUUAGCGCGAGGGGCUACGACCAGCUGAGCGCAAAGUUUACUGGCACAAGCGUGCGCGUGGUGGCCGGGGCGCACAACCUGGGAAUCUUUAUUACCUUGAAGAACAGGGACAACGAGGAGUACCAGCUCACACACCCGGCUGCGUACCUGGGUGGUAUCUUGAGAGGCUCCCUCAGCGUCUCCGUUGCUGAUACCUGCUACAUCACAUGUCCCAAGACGGGGCUCAAGGUCAUUCUCGAGUACCAGGAAGAGGGCUGGCUCGGCCGCAGCCAGAACCUGGUCAAGGGCGUGGUCUUUAAAUAUGACCCCAAGAACGACAACAUCACCAGGAUCAAGGACCUUUCGGACAAGGAGAUUCUUGCGCGGAUAGAGGGCGCCUGGACAGACAAGGUCUACUACACGCUCGGCAACAAGCCCUUUAACAAGGCUUCCGAGAAGCACCUGAUCAUCGACCUCAACCCGCUCUUCCCUGUCCCCAAGGUCGUCCCUCCCAUGGAGGAGCAGCUUCCCAACGAAUCGCUCAAGUUCUGGGAAGGCGUCACCAACGCUAUCGUCGGGCGGCAGUACAACCAGGCCACAACCCUCAAGACCGAGAUCGAAGAGAAGCAGCGACAGAAGGCGGCGGAGCGCAAGGAAGCCAACAAGGAGUGGCAACCGCGCUUCUUCACCGGCGCAGUCACGCCCGUCGGCCGACCAGAUCUCACCGCGGACGGCGAGGUCGCACUGAAGGGCCUGCACGAGGAGAACUACAAGCUCGAGCUAAACAAAGAGUACGGCGCAUAGAAGUUUGAUGUCGAUUCGAAUCUACAUACAUCGGAGUCUGGGGUGCGGAUGCGUUGGGCGACUACACCACCUUCGCUUGGAUCACGUCUAGGUCUGUCUUUGUUCGACCUGCGGUAAGCAUGUACAGUUGGCGUUCCGUUGAGUCUUCGAUACAUUACAGUGCGGUCUGGUUCCGGCACCAUCGUCGAUUGCAUAUAUUCACAGCUCCUGAAUAGAUCUUCUUUCAGCUUGAGGCACGUGCUCUGUUGGUCGCAGACACGGUACCAUG